AUGAAAUUAUUUUUUAAAUUGGUUUACUGCAUUAUUUUCAAUUUUAUUUGCAUAUGCUUUAAUGUAGAUAAAAUAUAUGAAACGAAUAAAACAAAUUUGUUCCUUUUUUCCAAAAGUUAUAAUGUGGUGAAUAAAAAAAAACAUAAGGCCAGAACGAAUAUAUAUAGCACGAAGAAUAGUGAGAAUAGCAAUAAAACUCUUUUAAGCUGUGAUAAAAAGAAUGAUGAAACUGAAGCCGAAAUUAGAGAAAGAAUUGAAGCAGAAAAAAAAAGAAGAGAACAAAUUAAACAAGAAAACAGCUUGUAUAUUAAUGCAAAUUUUAAAUAUGUAAGUAAUAAUAUCCCAAUUAAUGUUGAAAAAAAAUACAAAUAUGAAUCCUUUAAAUAUAGUGAAGAAAUACUUACAUAUAUUUUUUUUGUAAUUAAUUUAUUCAAACAUGAACAAUUUAAGAACAAUAUUUAUAAGCAAUCCCUGGGAAAUGAGUCAUUACAAAGACAAAAAAAUGAAUUACACACGAAUGAACGUUUUUCCUCUUAUAAAAAUAUUAGUUUGGUUGAAAGAAAUCAAAAGAUAGUGUCUGAUUUUAUACAUAAAUUUGGUGAUAAAUUCAAAUUUUUUAAUAAGAAAGAAAAAAUUCAAAGAGAAGAUUGGGCAAACAUGUUUAAGAUGGAACAAGAUGAUAAAAAUAAUUUUUUUAAAAAUAUAAAAAUAAAAAAUGAAACAACAAAAGAAUAUUACUUUGUUAUAUAUUAUUGCAAUUGGCAAUAUGAAUGUAUGGCUCUUUACAAUGCCUUCCAUAAUAUUUUUAACAAUUGUUAUAAUAAUAUCAAUUUUUAUAACAUAUCAAAUAAUAUAGAUGAACAACUUGAAGAACAGGGAGAAAAUGAAGAUGAUAAGAAAAAACAAGAAGAAAUGAUAUCCAAGGAAGAUUUGCAAAAAAUAAAAGAAAUGUAUAUUAAAGAUAUGCAGAAUAAUGAAAUCACAGAUGUAGAAAGUCUACUAAGGAUGGAGGAAAAUCAUCAAAGUAACAGUGAAGUUGGUUCGGAACAGGAAAAUUCACAAGCGGAAAAUCAAAAGUUAAAUGAAAGCAAUGAACAAGAAGAAGGUGCAAACAAUCAAACGAACAACGAUUUGUCUGAAUCGCACGCAGAACAGCAAGCCGAAUCGCAAGGAGAUAAAAUAAAAACUCUUCAAGAAUUAAUGGAAGAAGAAAAAAAAAAAUUAGAUGAAGAAUUUUUUUUAUACGGUUAUUCAAAAUAUGAAGACAUGGAACAAAUAAAAAAGGAAGAAGAAGCUAUCAAGGAAACAAAACAAAUUAUAAAGGAAGAAAAAUUAAGCAAAGACAAGUUAAAUAAUAAAAGAGAGUUUAAAAACAUUCUAAAUGAUUUUUCUGUUCACAUUAAAAAUUAUGAAGAUUUCUAUAAUUACGAGAAAAAUGAUGAGCGAAAUUUUGGGAAAAAUAAUGAGCAAAAUAAUGAACAAAAUAAUGAACAAAAUAAUGAACAAAAUAAUGAACAAAAUAAUGAACAAAAUAAUGAACAAAAUAAUGAACAAAAUAAUGAACAAAAUAAUGAACAAAAUAAUGAACAAAAUAAUGAGCAAACUAAUGAGCAAAAUAAUGAGCGUAAUAUCAUAAUGAUAAAUCAUGCCAACUCAACCGAAUUAGGCUGUGUAGAAAAUCAAACAAAUGCACCUUUGCUAAAUGGUGAAUCCUCCAUUUCUCGUAUUUCCAAAGAAAUAAAUGAAAGAGAAAAAAAAAAUAUUAAUAAAAAAAAGGACGAAAUAAAAGAAGUAAACAUAAAUGUAAUCUUUGUCAGAUUAAGUAACAGUACAGUUAUAGGCAAAACGAAGAAUAUAAAACAAAAAAUAAAAAAAAAAUGGAUUUAUUCCCAUGAAAAAGAGAUCAACUUUUACGAAUUAAUCUUAUCGGUUAUGCUAAAUGAAAAUAUCUAUUAUAAAGAUAUGCCACAUAUGAAUAUAUUCUCCCUAAGUUAUAAUAAAAGAAAAUUAUUUGACUUUUUUAAUGAAGUUAAUACAAAUUUAAAGUAUAGUUUUAUUCAUAAAAAUAAUGUAUAUAAUAUAUUUAAUAAUGUUAUUAAUAAUUAUAUGGAUAUUUAUAAUUUCGACAUAUAUGACAAGAGUAAUAGUACGAAUGAACAAAAUGACAUUUCAUCAAAUAACAAUUUACAAAAUAAUAUGGUUAACAUGGAAAAUACAAACAAUAAGGAAUACGAACAAAAUGAGGAUAUCCUUUUUGAGGAAUUAAGUUUAGAUCAUGAAAUUGAAGAUACACAUAAUUAUCAAGUCAUAUAUGACGGAACGACAAAUAAUACACAUGAAACUGAUGAUAUGUCACAGAACAGCGGUGAAAAUCAAAAUGAUUCCGAAAAAGAACUCAAAACCGUAAAUGAGAGAGAGAAAAAAAAUAAUAGUCAAAACAAAGUUAUCAAAAAAAAACAUAAUAAAAAAGAAAAAAGUAAAUAUGAAGUAUUAUUUAAACAAAAAUAUACAAAUAUCUUUGCAAAUAAUAUUAAAAAUAAAAUAUCUAUUGAAAAAGUUAGCUCGAUAUCAAAUUUUCACACACAUGCGAAUUAUACACUCGAUACUUUUAGGGAUUUCACAUUAAGAGAUCUUUUUCAUAAUACAUUAAACCAUCAAAAUUUUAAAAUUGAUAAAAAUUAUGUUUACUACUCAAAUCAUAAAAUUCCCAGAGAUUUAUUCCCAUUUAUUCUUCAACUCUCAUUAGCUUUCAAAUAUGAACACAAUACUAUUUUGAUGAACGCUCCCAAAAAAAUAGAAUUCGAGUUUCGAAAUGUAUAA